AUGGUUACCGAAACCAACAGUGCGCCUACUGCGCAAUUCCAGAGAGUCGUUUCGCAGCCUGAGAACCCCUAUGCUGGGUUGAUUGAGGACCAGUCAAUCGCCAUCAUCCCCUCCUUCACUCUCGAAUCUGGCGUUACCCUGUACAAUGUACCUGUUGCAUACACUACGAGAGGCAAACUGUCGCCCACUGGUGACAAUGUCCUUGUCAUCUGUCACGCCCUGAGUGGGAGUGCCGACGUCGCCGAUUGGUGGGGUCCCCUCCUCGGAGGUCCGGGCCAAGCCUUCGAUGUCUCUCGGUUCUUUGUCGUCUGCUUGAACAGCUUGGGCAGUCCAUAUGGAAGUGCAAGUGCAGUCACCUACAAGGACGGUAAGCCUGAAAAUGGCUACUACGGUCCGGAGUUCCCUCUCACCACUGUUCGUGACGACGUGAAUAUUCAUAAACUGGUCUUGGAUGACCUUGGCGUAAAGCAGAUUGCUGCUGUCGUCGGUGGCUCCAUGGGUGGCAUGCUCACUCUGGAGUACUCCUUCUUUGGCAAGGAUUAUGUCCGUGCCAUUGUUCCGAUCGCGACAUCUGCACGCCAUUCGGCGUGGUGCAUUAGUUGGGGCGAGGCCCAGCGCCAGAGCAUCUACAGUGAUCCAAAGUAUGACGAUGGAUACUACCCAUUCAAUGACCCGCCCGCAACCGGUCUAGGUGCCGCUCGCAUGUCGGCACUGCUGACCUACCGCAGUCGGAACUCAUUUGAGUCCCGCUUUGGUCGCAAUGUGCCGGAUCCCUCCAAGCGGCAAAACAUCAACGGCACGGAGAAGCUUCCCACGCCUCCCAAUGAGCAUUGGGCUAUUCACAAUGACGGUCACAAGGGCGGUCACUCAUCACGCCCGGAGAGCAGACAGGAAUCUCCGGUGCCACAAACCGAAGUCCAGUACAUGGACCCGCAGUUCUCAGGCACCAAGACCUUCUCUGCCCCAACCCCAACCAAGCCGGACGGUCGUCCCCGUCCGCCGACCUAUUUUUCGGCUCAAUCCUACCUGCGUUAUCAGGGUGAUAAGUUUGUCAAGCGUUUUGAUGCCAACUGCUAUAUCGCCAUGACCCGCAAGCUUGACACUCAUGACGUGUCAAGGCACCGUGCUAGAGCGGAUGCCGAGAACCCAGUUCUUGAGGCCCUCUCUCGGAUUGAGCAGCCCGCUUUGGUGCUUGGUAUUGAGUCAGAUGGUCUCUUUACUUUUGCCGAGCAGCAAGAGGUUGCCGCUGGCAUUCCUGAUUCGCGUCUCAAGCGUAUAGACAGCCCUGAGGGUCACGAUGCGUUCUUGCUUCAGUUUGAGCAGGUCAACCGCCACAUCGUGGACUUCUUCCACGAGGUCUUGCCUGAUAUCAUGGCCCAGACCAAUGGAGAUGCCGCUGCUGUCGCCAGCGUCAACAAGCUCACCAAGAGCAGCACUUUCGGCGAGGCCGAGGUGGAGGACAUUACCGCAUGGUAA